AUGGACAAGCGACAGGUGAAGGCAACUGUGCUUCACAAGGAGUUGGGCCUGCUGAGUGCCAUCUCUUUUAUUGUGGGCACAAUAAUCGGCUCAGGCAUCUUCAUCUCUCCCAAAGCAGUCCUCUUGUACUCGGGAGGUGUGGGCCCCUGCCUCCUCAUCUGGACUGCCUGUGGAAUAUGUGCCAUUAUGGGAGCGCUGUGCUAUGCUGAGCUGGGCACCAUGAUCCCCAAAUCCGGGGGAGAGUAUUCUUAUCUAAAGGAGGCCUACGGAUCCCCGGUGGCCUACCUUUACGCAUGGACUAUGAUGAUGGUGUUGAAGCCUUCUUCCUUUGCUAUCAUUGCACUGAGCUUUGCCGAGUAUGCCUCAGCUCCUUUCUACGGGGACUGCAGCCCUCCUAUCGUUGUCACCAAGUGUCUCUCUGUUGCCGUCACAGUUUUCAUUGUCACCAUCAACUGUAUGAGUGUCAAAGUGGCGAGCAAUGUGCAGAAAAUCUUCACCGCAGCCAAAUUGCUCAUCAUCGUCAUCAUAGUGGUAGCUGGUAUCGUUCUGUUGGCACAAGGAAAAACAGAGACCUUGUCCAACGCAUUUGACAGCAAGCCAACAUCCAUUGGAGCAAUCGGACUUGCCUUUUAUAAUGGACUCUGGGCCUUUGAUGGAUGGACUCAACUUAAUUUCAUCACAGAAGAGCUGAAAAACCCAUUCAGAAACCUGCCCUUAGCCAUCAUCAUUGGGAUCCCUUUGGUGUCCAUCUGCUAUGUGAUGGUCAACAUUUCUUAUUUCACUGUCUUGACCACCAAUGAAAUACUGUGGUCUCCAGCUGUAGCCGUGACUUUUGGAAACAAAGUUCUUUACCCCAUGUCUUGGAUCGUUCCACUUUUUGUUGUCUUCUCGACAUUUGGCUCAGCCAAUGGAAGCUGCUUCACUGCCGGCAGACUGUCCUAUGUGUGUGGCCGAGAAGGUCACAUGGUAGAAAUUUUGUCUUUUAUCAAUCUCAGGCGCUUCACCCCAUCCCCGGCUAUCAUGUUGGACGGCUUUUUGUCUAUUUUAUAUAUGAUCCCAGCUGAUAUCAACUCCCUCAUUAACUACUUCAGCUUUGCUCAGUGGUUUUUCUACGGCCUGACGUUUUUGGCUCUUAUCAUCAUGCGUUUCACCAGGAAGGAGCUGAAAAGACCAGUGAAGGUUCCCAUAAUAAUAGCAGUCCUAAUGGUCCUGGUGUCCUGCUACUUGGUUCUGGCCCCCAUCAUUGACAGUCCCACCAUGGUGUAUCUGUAUUGUACUCUCUUCAUUCUUGGCGGGCUCCUGCUUUACUACCCCUUUGUUCACCUGAAGGUCAAGUGGUCCCGCAGACUCAUGAGGCCCAUCACCAUGCAUCUCCAACUCCUGUUGGAAGUCGUUCCUCCUGAGAAAUGCGAGUGAGAAAAGGCAGAACCAGGCUAACGUCAAUUUGGUGUACCAGAAUUUUUUUUAUUUUUUUUUUACAGUUGUUUACACAAUUAACAGCUCUUUACA